AUGUCGCAAAAGCAAUGGCAGACAGACCAAAGCCGUCUUGACAGUUUGAAGUUCACCACGGCAGAUGUGCCAAAGCCAAAGGAUGGGGAGGUACUUGUGUGUCGUGGGGACUGCAACCAUCAUAAGAGUGUUGGACAGCCAGAGUCGUUGGUGCCGUGCUCAGAUGCUUGUGGUACUAUUGUCGACGCUGGGAAUUCAUCAUGGAAGACUGGCCAGCGUGUCGGAACGAUCUUUAAUCAGAGUCACUUAACGGGUCAGAUCAAGGAGAAAGAUAUGGCCACCGGCCUUGGCCUACCACUUCCUGGUGUCCUGACCGAACACCGAGCCUUCUCAGCAGACUCCCUAGUCGCCGUCCCAGACUACCUCAAAGACGAAGAAGCAUGCUGCCUCCCCAUCGCCUCCGUCGCCGCCUGGAUGGCCUUAAACGGCAUGAGACCCAUGGGCCAACCCAUCAAGGGCGACGCGACAGUCUUACUCCAAGGCACAGGCGGCGUCUCCAUCGCCGGCCUCCAAAUCGCACACGCAGCCGGUCUCAAAACCAUCAUCACCUCCUCCUCCGACAAAAAGCUCGACCAAGCCAAGAACCUAGGCGCAGACCACGGCAUCAACUACAGAACGAAGCCCGACUGGGAGAACGAAGUGAUGCACAUCACGCACAACGAAGGCGCCGACAUCAUCUUCGAAACAGGCGGCACCCAGACUCUGCGGAAGAGUUUCGAUUGCAUUGCGUUCGGGGGUCUGAUUGAUUCGAUUGGGUAUUUGUCUGGGAAGGAGGAUGAUCCGAAGGAUCGAUUGAAUAUCAAUGUCCUUGCGCUUAGACGGACGGUUACGUUGAAGGGGAUUAUCAAUGGGCCAAAGGAUCGGUUUGAGGAGAUGAUGAAGUUUUAUGCUGAGCAUGAGAUUCGUCCGGUUGUUGAUAGGGUGUUCUCGUUUGAACAGGCGGAUGAGGGAUUGAAGUAUUUGUUCUCGGGAGGCCACUUUGGUAAGGUUGUGGUUAAGGUAGCGUAA